UCUGCAAGCGUACUCAUGCAGAGUCUGUUUGGAUUUCAGCCUCUGUAGUCAAGAAGCAUGAUAAACACAAUGAGUUCUGCUGUUUUCUUGUGUUUGCUGGCAGCUCUGUCGACAGCCGAGGCGGGCCUGUGGAGGCAUGGUAAAAGGAGAAGAAUGCCUGUUUUCUUCUCCUCUUUCGACUCUUUGGACGGGGUCUGUCUCAAUGGUGGACGGUCUGUUCCUUCAUUCGUCACUGGCAAACACUUGUAUUGUGAAUGCCUUGAUGGCUUUACUGGGACACACUGUGAAACAGCCAAAGGUGACAGCUGUGUUGAGGGGAUCGGAUUAUACUACAGAGGCACUGUUUCGAAAUCAGUCAGCGGAAAAACGUGUGAGAACUGGGAUUCACAAAUCAGGAAUCGCUACCUGUCCUCAGAUCUUCACUCUGGAAGACACAACUACUGCAGAAAUAUUCAGUACAGACUACGUCCAUGGUGUUACGUCAGGAAAACCUACCAGCUGGUGAAGGAAUAUUGUGACAUCCCCCGUUGUGAUGUUGAUUCCUUUACACCUGCACCUUCAGCUGCACCCACCACGCCACAAACACCCGCAGAACAGACCUGUGGUCAGCGGAGCAGCAGGAAGCAGAUGAAGAUCGUGGGUGGAACAGUUGCUGCUGUGGAAUCCCACCCAUGGAUCGCUGCCAUAUUCUGGCGCACCAAAUCAAAGGAAAAUGUUUUCCGCUGCGGGGGCACUCUGAUAUCUGCCUGUUGGGUCGUCACCGCCGCCCACUGCUUCCCUGAAGGCUCUCAGGCGAGGCAUCGACGCUUCUCCGUCACACUGGGGAAAAAUGCCCUCAACGAGAGCGACCCAACUGUGGAGCAAACCUUCAGAGUGGAGCAAAUCGUCAUCCAUGAAGGAUUCAAUAACAGUGAACAAAACUACAACAACGACAUUGCUUUGCUGAAGUUGCUGGCCAAACAUGGAAAGUGCGCUGAAGAGACCAACUGGGUGAAGACAGUCUGCCUGCCGCCGCCUCUGCAGAGCCUCCAGCCGGGGGUCACCUGUGACAUUGCUGGAUAUGGGAAGGAGAAAUUUGGUUUAUGGUACAAGUCUCAGUACCUCAGGGAAGCUCAGGUGAACAUACUCGCUGAUGAUGUGUGUCGACAGACUGAUUAUUAUGGAGAUAUGGUCAAUAACAACAUGUUUUGUGCUGCGCUUCCUGACUGGAGCCAAGACGCCUGUGAGGGGGACUCAGGAGGGCCGCUGGUCUGCGAAGUCCCAAACGGGCUCUUCUUCCUCUUUGGAAUUAUUAGCUGGGGUGAUGGAUGUGCAAAGGAAAACAGACCUGGUGUUUACACCAGAGUCACCAAUUACAACACAUGGAUAGCAGAAAAGACACGUCUGCCCUCCAUCACUGCUGGAACCAUGUUCCCUCAGAAAUAAUUUAAAGCUGUGAAACUGGUGCUUUGAUUUUCUGAAGCAGGGAUGUACAGUAUAAGAAUCGACAGUCAGUAGCUUACCCACACAAUACUGUGGUUAUAGGUAGCUCAGUUUGGAGAGUACUAGAUAAAUUGUUGUUGACGAGGUAAAGAAAUAUGGAUUUCUGAGCUCUAAAUCAACUUAAACUCCCAAAUAUUGUACUGUAUAAGCUUGACUGAAAACCUUUACAUCUUCUUAGGGUUUUCUUUUUUAUAUAAAAUUUUCUAUUUGAUCAACACUUGUAGGAGUGAAAAUGUGACUUGGUUGAGUGUUGUAUUUCCACUGUCUUUUAAACAUUUCCAGCAAAGCACAAACAAAAAGGGCGAAAUCCCUUUCUCAUUUAUAAAAAGCUAAAAACCCCUAAUAAAAUGUGUUCGUUUAAACUUUUAAACCUCUGCUGAAAUUUAAAAUGGGAACAUUUCUGUAAUUUUUUUAAAAUCGGUUUGUAAUUUUGCUUCAUUGUCUAUUUUUUAAGUUCAAAAAAUAAAGUUUUGCAAUGAUAUUUCA